AGAUAAUGAAUGCGAUAUUAUUCAUUCGUCUAGAACACCUCGUAGGCAUCGGGUCAAUAUGCGUGCCCUCAUUAUUCUAAGCAUUGUGGCUGCGGCUAGUGCCGGUAGUUUGUCCGGAUAUAAUUACGGACAAGGGUCGACAACCAGUAUUGGGGGUCUUGCUGGAUCCCCAGUCGCUGCACUGGCAGGACCAGUUAGCUACAGUGCCGCUCCCCAGGCCUCAGUUCACAAGGAGUUCUACAGCUUCUAUGCCAACGACGACGACUUCGAGGAUAAGGCUGCUUUGCAGAGGGCUCUUGCCUCGGUAAAGAAGAACAUUCGCGUGAUCUUCAUCAAGUCGCCGGAGAACCGCGGCUACGAGAAUGCCGUCUUGGCCCUGGCCAAACAGGCUGCCCAGCAGCAAACUGCCAUAUAUGUGCUGCACAAACAGCCUGAUAUCAACGAGCUGGCCCAAAAGUUCAAUGCCGUGCGCCAGAAUGCCAACAAGAAACCCGAGGUGCACUUCGUCAAGUACAGGACUCCCGAGGACGCUGCCAAUGCCCAGCGGGCCAUCCAAUCGCAGUACGAUCAGCUGGGCGGCUCCAGCCAGUCCAUCAACGGAGGCGUGGCAAAUGCCAUCAACUUUGCAUCUCAGGGAGCUGCUCCCGCUCGUGCUACUCCUCAACAGGUGCCCCAGAGCAACUACCUACCCGCCAACAUCCUCAGCCGCCUGCGCCACUAGAAAAUUGCCUUGUUACAGAUUGUUUCGAUUAAAAGUUAUCUAAUUAUCUAAA